AUGAAUCGUUUGGCUUGGUAUACCCCGGCCGAAAGCAUGGAGGACAUCCUUUGUCAAGCAGGUCAUGUUGGAAUAUACGAUGGCGACACGAAACAAACUGAGUUCGAACAAGGUACUGCAUCAAUUACUUUGCACAGAAUUAUUUGGGCAGACUCUAGCGAUCCCGAUAGACGAUUGAUUUUACACCAUUCACUUGUAAAGUCUUUUGAAAAGCAUCACAAAUCUAUGUUUAGUAGAAGUUUGAAAGUAAUAAUUCGUUUGGAGCCUUGCCCUCAAGGUCUUGUCGGUCCAAUUAACUCUAGUCAAUUCGAUUAUAUAAGAUUAGUUUUCAAAGGUGGAGGAGAAGAAGAAUUCUGCAGAAGGUAUGAUGAGGCUCUGAAGAGAAAGACAUGGCAGAGGCACAGCUCCGGCUCAAGUUCAAGCGGGUCUCGUAACAGUCAUGGCCAGCUACGAUCAUUAGGUGUUUCUGGCAUUGAAAGAAAGUUAGCUGAAAACCAUCAACGAACACAUGAGUCCAUUAGCUUGGCUUUCGAAGAUAUGUCAAAGCUGAUGGAAUCCGCCAAAGAAAUGGUGGGGUUGUCGAAAGGAAUCGCAGAGAAGUUGAGAUCACGCAAAGGCGAAAUCAGCGAGGAUGAAACUGUUGCUUUCAAAUCUUAUCUGCUCUCCCUUGGAGUGUCCGAUCCAGUCACCAAGUCUACGUAUGGAACAGGCUCAAAGUAUUUCGAGAAAUUAGCGGAAGAAUUGAUAGAAAUUCUUGAAGAACCUUUGAAGAACUCCGGUGGUAUGAUGACCUUGCCAGAGGUGUACUGUCGAGUUAACCGUGCUCGUGGAAUGGAGCUCUUAUCUCCAGAAGAUGUUCUGAGUGCUUGCAAAGCCUUGGAGAACAUUAAAUCCAAAUUGGAACUUCACCGCUUCCCAAGUGGGGUACUAGUUGUGCAGCUAAGUUCCUCCUCUGUUGAUAGCACCGUGGACGCAACUUCUAAGUUUGUCCGUGCGAACGGCAGCUGUACAGCAAAUCAACUAGCACAGCUAGAAGGAAUAACUGUCGUCUUGGCUAGAGAGAGGCUACUUGCUGCUGAAGAGCGCGCAAUGGUUUGUCGAGACGAUUCGAUCGAAGGUCUUCUCUUUUACCCGAAUAAGUUCUUAGACGUUGAAGCAUAA